GGACCCAGCUGGGGCCUGGCCUGGGAGCCAGGAUGGCCAUCCAGGAAGCGGUGCUGAUAUGCCUGGGACUGCCUCUCCUCCUACUCCCAGGGGCCCGGGCCCAGAACCACGCCCCAGCUGGCUGCAGCCCGGACCUCAACCCCCUCUAUUACAACCUGUGUGACCGCUCUGGGGCUUGGGGCAUCGUCUUGGAGGCAGUGGCGGGGGCGGGCAUCGUCACCACUUUUGUCCUCACCAUCUUCCUCGUGGCCAGCCUCCCCUUCGUGCAGGACACCAAGAAGCGGAGCCUGCUGGGGACCCAGGUGUUCUUCCUGCUGGGGACCCUGGGCCUCUUCUGCCUCGUCUUCGCCUGCGUGGUGAAGCCUGACUUCUCCACCUGCGCCUCUCGGCGCUUCCUCUUCGGGGUCCUGUUCGCCAUCUGCUUCUCCUGCCUGGUGGCCCACGUGUUGGCCCUCAACUUCCUGGUCCGGAAGAACCACGGGCCCCGGGGCUGGGUGGUCUUCGUCGUGGCCCUGUUGCUGAGCCUCGUGGAGGUGAUCAUCAACACGGAGUGGCUGGUCAUCACGCUGGUGCGGGCAGGGGGCGGCGAGGGUGGCCCUCCGGCCAACGGCAGUGCCAACUGGGCCACCGCCUCCCCCUGUGCCAUUGCCAACGUGGACUUUGUCAUGGCGCUCAUCUACGUCAUGCUGCUGCUGCUCUGCGCCUUUACGGGGGCCUGGCCCGCCCUGUGCGGCCGCUUCAAGCGCUGGCGGAAGCACGGGGUCUUCGUGCUGCUCACCACGGCCACCUCCAUCGCCAUCUGGGUGGUUUGGAUUGUCAUGUACACCUACGGCAACCGGCAGCGCAACAGCCCCACGUGGGAUGACCCCACGUUGGCCAUCACCCUCGCCGCCAAUGCCUGGGCCUUCGUGCUCUUCUAUGUCAUCCCUGAGGUCUCCCAGGUGACCAAGCCCAGCCCGGAGCAGAGCUACCAGGGGGACCUGUACCCCACCCGGGGCGUGGGCUACGAGACCAUCCUGAAAGAGCAGAAGGGCCAGAGCAUGUUUGUGGAAAACAAGGCGUUUUCCAUGGACGAGCCAGCCUCAGCUAAGAGACCAGUGUCACCGUACAGCGGGUACAACGGGCAGCUGCUGACCAGUGUGUACCAGCCCACUGAGAUGACCCUGAUACACAAAGCCCCGUCGGAAGGAGCUUACGACGUCAUCCUCCCGCGGGCCACUGCUAACAGCCAGGUGAUGGGCAGUGCCAACUCCACCCUGCGGGCCGAAGACAUCUACGCAGCCCAGAGCCACCAGGAGGCCACCCUGCCGAAGGAAGACAAGAACUCCCAGCCUCAGCCAGUCCCGCCCUGCUCCAAGGCGAAGCCAAACCGUGGCGAAGGUGGCCCUUGCCCUUCUCACCUGCGCCUCCUGCCACCACCUGGACCGUGGAAGGCCGCUGAGCUGGGCAAAGCUCACUCGAGACCCGGACAGAUCGUGCCUCUCUUCCUGGCCUGCGGGUCCUGGAUCUGAGCCCCUCUGCAUCACCACCUGAUACCUUCAUUGAACUAGGUCCCAUCAAGACACAAGGUAGGGGCUAGGGCGGCAUUCUCAGGGGUCGAUUGAGAGUCCUGGGCCAGAUGGACCGGGGUCUAGGCCUCUCCCAGGACUGAGACUUGUGGGACUGGGCGCAGCCCCUUAGGUACGAGGUGUCCAUUUCCUGGCGGGCAGAUGGCUAGGCUUCUGCCUCACCUUGGGCACCUCGACAGCGCUGGUGCUGUCAUCAUCUAUGACAGGCUCCACCAGGUCCUGAUGGCCACCAAGGGAAGUGGGGGCGUCCUGGCGACCUGCAUGAUGCUGGCACUGGCAAAGAUGUGCACACAGCUCCAGACUCGUGGGAACGAGAUCUCUGCAGUGUCUCCUUGGCCUCCUGCCCUCGGGUACCAGAGCUGGCUCCUCCAAGGGGCUCAAGCCAGGUGUGUCCCCAGAGCUCACCUCUGCCUGCUGAGACGAGGCAGGAUGAGCACAACGC